AAAAAACUGAGAACCUAUGAUCCAGGGUUUCAUUGUAUCGUGAGCUCUGGAGAGAUUUGUAUGUUUCUCCAGCCCUGGACAUCAAGCCGUAUAGAGUAGAAGAUUUCUCUUAGGUGAAGCUCAGACAGGUACAAAGUGAAGACUUAAAGAUCUCAGGUUAUUAAUUCGAGUUAUUAAAAUAAUUUUGUAGUCUUUUUACACUUUUUUUUUGUUCGUUUUAAUUUCGUCCUCGUGUUGAUCUUCAGCAGCAGGAUGAGUCAGUGGAAACAAAUACAGCAGCUGGACAUGAAGUUCUUGGAGCAGGUGGAUUAUUUCUAUGAUGAUAAAUUUCCCAUGGAGCUGAGACAGGUGCUGGCAAGCUGGAUCGAAAGUCAGGACUGGGAAACAGCAAUGAAUCAUGAGGCCAUGGCCAUGGUGCUCUUCAACAACUUCCUGAUCCAGCUUGAGAAUCACUGCACUCAGGAGCCGAACUUUCUUCACAGACACAACCUGAAGAGAAUUUUCCAGCAGAUUCAGCUGAAAUACAAAGCCAACCCUCAGCACCUAUCAGCCGUGAUCUCCAACUGUCUGAGAGAGGAGAGACGCAUCAUAUCAGCCGCCAGCAUGCAGGAGCAGGUAGGAGGCCACGCCGACUCCGAGUUACAACUAGAGCUGGGUCCACUGGAGAAGUCCAUACAAAAUUCUGCAGCUUUGGAGAAGCAGAAAAACCUGGACAAUAAAGUGGCAGUGAUCCGUAGCAGUGUGCAGCUUCUGGACCAGGCAGUAAAGUACCUAGAGGACAUGCAGGAUGAUUUCGACUUCCGCUACAAAACCCUCCAGCUUCGAGAUCCAAUGGAGAGAAAUUCUCAAAACAUGAAACAAGAAGUCAUGACCCUUCAGGAGAUACUCAACCGUCUAGACUUCAAAAGGAAGGAGAUCUUAUCUAAAAUGGGCGACGUUUUGAAGGAGAUAGACAGCCUGAGUGUCUCUCAGCUGAUGCCUGAGCUGCAGGCGUGGAAACGUCGGCAGCAGAUCGCCUGCAUCGGCGGCCCGGUCCUCACCGGUCUCGACCAGCUCCAGAACUGGUUCACCACGACGGCCCAGAGUCUGUUUCAGAUCAAGCGUCAGCUGGACAAACUGGGAGAGCUGAUUGUGAAAGUGACGUACGAGAGCGACCCCAUACCUCUGCAGAGACCUCAGAUGGAAGAACAAGUCAAAUAUUUGAUCUAUCACCUUAUCAAGAGUUCGUUCGUGGUGGAGAAGCAGCCGUGCAUGCCCACACACCCUCAGAAACCCCUCAUCAUUAAAACUCAGGUGCAGUUCACCACUAAAGUCAGAUUGUUGGUAAAAUUACCUGAAGUCGAUUAUCAGCUUAAAGUGAAGACAACCUUCGACAAGGACCUCCCGGCUGGCAAAGUCACCAGACAGUUCUUCAUCCCCACCAACAACAUGAAAGUGAUGGAUGUAGAAGAAUCAUCAAACGGAUGCCUGUCAGUGGAGUUCAGGCAUCUGCUGAAAGAGAAGAAAUGCACAAACGGAACCAAAGGAAAUGAGGGUCCGCUCACGGUGACGGAGGAGCUCCACUCGCUCAGCUUUGAGGCCAUGCUGUGUUUGCAGGGGCUGGAUAUCGACCUGGAGACCUGCUCCUUGCCGUUGGUGGUGAUUUCCAACGUCAGCCAGUUGCCUGCAGGUUGGGGCUCGGUCAUGUGGUACAAUCUGCUGACAGAUGAUCCAAAGAACCUGGCAUUUUUCAGCAACCCAUCCAGGGCCAGCUGGAGCCAACUCUCCGAGGUCAUCAGCUGGCAGUUCUCCAGCUUCGCUGGCCGUGGGCUUAAUAAAGAGCAGAUGAGCAUGCUGGGAGAUAAACUUCUGGGUCAACACGCUUCGUAUAACGACUGCCAGGUGUCUUGGUCCAAAUUCUGCAAGGAAAACAUACCUGGGAAGUCGUUCAGUUUCUGGCUGUGGCUCGACUCCAUCCUGGAGCUCAUUAAAAAACAUCUACUUCCUGUUUGGAUUGACGGGUACAUCAUGGGGUUUGUGAGUAAGGAGAUGGAGCGUGCUCUGCUUAAGGACCGGGAGUCUGGGACGUUCCUGCUGCGCUUCAGCGAAAGUCAUCUUGGAGGAAUCACCUUCACCUGGGUGGAGCAGGAAAACGGUGAGGCAAAAUUCAUGUCUGUAGAGCCCUACACCAAAAACCGCCUCAGCGCACUUCCUAUCGCCGAUAUCAUCCGGGAUUAUAAAGUCAUCGCAGACGGGAUUGUCCCAGAGAACCCUCUGAAAUUCCUUUAUCCCGACAUCCCAAAAGACGAAGCAUUCGGGAAACAUUACAACAGUCAGCUGAACAAAGUUUGCCCGUACAUCCCGACUAUUCUGAUUCCCAUCUCUCUGAACACAUCUCCUCUUUCCUGCUCGUCUCCGGAGCCACCGUUAUCCCCGGGAAUGUCGCACAUGCUCAGCCAGCACAUCAGCCCCUUCGAGAUCGAAAGUGUUAUGAGCUCAUUAUAGACCUUCCUGGAUUCUCUCUGCUCCGGCACAAAGACAUAAAAGGCGUGUGAGAAAUACCCUGUGUGUGUGUGUGUGUGUGUGUGUGUGUGUGUGUGUGUGUGUGUGUGUGUGUAUAUGUGUGUGUGUGUGUGUGUGUGAGUGUGUGUGUGUGUGUGAUGGUGUGUGUGUUUAAAAUCAUCUCUUUGUCUUUGUCCACUCCUGCAAUCUCACAUAUCCUCUUUCUGUACAUUUUAUCUGAUAAAAACUGAAUGUUAUGACGCACAGGGUUUGAAAACUGAAUGUAAUGUAUAAAUAUCAGAAACGGUCCGGAAUCCAAAAGGACAUAACCACAUUCACUCGGUAGAUUCAAACAUCUCUAAGGAUUUUAGACACAUGAUGUCGAGCAGGAAUAAAACUGAAAUCGAAGAUCCCGAUCAGUAAUCUGUGCGGUCUCCAUGACGUGUCUGGUUUUCCUUUUGUUUCUGUCCGUAUUCUUUUUAUUUUGUUUAUUUUUGAAAGGAAAUGUAACACGUUUUCUGCUCCAUGAAUGUAUCAUUUGUUUUGAUUUUCAAUAAAAAUUAUAAAACAG